CACACUAAUCUCAUCUGGGCAUCCUAGAACCAUCUGCCACAUCAGUUUUUUCGAAACUUUUAUUUUGUUUGGUAAAUAAACAAUGUCAAAGCAAAUUAAGAGUGAAUUCUGAUAAGCACUAUCGAAAGCAGCUGUGUUUUGCUGCCCCAGUCUUCGUGUAGAGGACGUCCGCUGCUAACCCUUCCGCCACAGCAUCCGAUCCGCCGCCAAACCCAUCUCGAGAGCAGUGGAACGAAUGUGAAGAUACAAAGGCAGCUUGUAGGACGCCGGCAGCGAGUGAUGGUAAAAGAAGAUACGCAGAUUGGAACGACGACGUGUCACUGAGAAGCGAACGAACUAAUAGCGCAAGUUAAAAUGGAUCAGCCCGGUGAAAAUGUGGCCGGCAACAUGCAGCCGCCUCAGCAGUCGGGCUCACCCAGGUUCUCGUUAGACAUGCAGGGCAUGGGCAAUCUGCCCUCGCCGUUGCAAAUGAUCCAGAUGGUGCGCAACUCACUGCGUCCAUGGAUGGUCUUCUUUAACAUCAACAACUUUAAGUCCGCCGUCAGCAUGCAGAGACUAAACAACCGCGUCGUGCGCAACCUCUCCUACUUUCAGGCCAACUAUGUCUUCAUCUUUUUCGUUUUGAUGAUCUACUGUCUCAUCACUGCGCCUCUCAUUCUGUUGGUCAUGGGGGCCGCCGCUUUGGGCUGCCAUAAGUUGCGCACGCGCAACGCCACACUUUCCAUAGGCGGCUACCAACUAACGCCCAACCAGCAGAUAAUAGUCCUUAAUCUGGCCGCUGCGCCCAUUCUGUUUAUGGUGGGCGCCGGGGCCGCUCUAUUUUGGACGCUGGGCGCCUCCUGCUUCGUGGUUGCCUUGCACUCCAUCUUCUACAACAUCGAUGCUAUUGUGACGGAAGAGAACGACGGAUUCCUCGCCCAGGUUGUCUGACCGCCAGCCAGAAUAUAAACUUGCGGUAUUCUGGGAUCUGUGCGGAUAACCGCCGGCGGGGACUGAAGGGACAGAGAUAUUCGCCACCAUGGGGCCUUAUUAGUCGUUACUGACAGUAUGCAAUACGCUAAAUACACACAUAUUUAUAUAACGAAUUCUAGUUUAGUUUUAGCUGCAGACAUUGAAUAAAUACCAAACGAUGACAUUUCA